CACCUACUAGCAUUCAAGUUUUCAGAAAAUGACCAAAAAAAAGUUGAUCUCACCGUUCCCAUUUUGGGCUCUUUCUUCUUAUCCACUUUGAAAUUAGAUUCUGGGUUUAGCAUAGGGUUUAAGAAAAAGCUAAGUCUAGCUGGUGGGGGUGGUUUCUCUUUUCUUAUUUUCUUUAUAAAAAAAGAAAAGAAAGAAGGCGAAAGACUUGUAUUGUGAGUAUAUAUGCACACACAUACACAGAUCCCUAUGAAAUGAAGUGGGUGCUCCCAGCAUCACUUGCUAGUAACACUUAUUCCUUCUGCUUAGUUUAAAGAGACCAGUUUUAUUAUGCUCGAGUGAAGAAAGAGAGAGAAAGAGAAGAAAGAGUUUUGGUUGGUUGUUUUUCUUGUGUGAGAAAGAAAAAAGAAAAAAAAAAACCUUCCUGUAGCUAAACAACAAAAACCAAGUCUUCAUUGGCAACAAGAAGAUUAUUAUUUUGAUAUGAUUUGUUUAUUUGCCACCCAAUGAUUGACUUUGCCUAGCUGCUGCUACGAGAGAAGAUAUUGGUGGUGGUGCUAGCAAUAGCAAGUUCAAACCUCUUUCAAGUAAUUUAUAAGUUGAGAGAAAAAAAAAGAAAGAAAAAAACCAAGAAAAAGAAGCAAAAGAUGAAGUCCAUGAAUGAUAGCAACACCAAUGAUGGGAACAAUCAUAACUGGUUGGGGUUCUCUCUCUCACCCCACAUGAAAAUGGAUGUUACUUCUUCUACUGGCGCUCCUCAACAUCAUCAUCAUCACUACUAUCAUCACCCUCAGGCUUCUGCUGCAGCAGCUUGCAACAACAACACUGUUCCCACUAACUUCUAUAUGUCACCCUCAAACCUCAACACCUCAGGAAUCUGUUAUGGUGUUGGAGGAAACAGUACCUUUCACACUCCUUUGGCCAUGAUGCCUCUCAAGUCAGAUGGGUCACUUUGCAUUAUGGAAGCUCUCACCAGAUCACAAACCCAAGUGAUGAUGCCAACUUCAUCUCCAAAACUUGAGGACUUCCUCAGUGGUGCAACUAUGGGGGCUCAAGACUAUGGAACCCAUGAGAGAGAAGCAAUGGCUCUAAGCCUAGACAGCAUCUACUACAGCAACCAGAAUGCUGAACCUGAAACCAACAGAGACCAUUCUUCUUCUCUGGACCUUCUUUCUGACCCUUUCAGGCACCAAAACCAUUCAUAUUACUCAGGGCUUGGGAUUUACCAAGUGGAGGAAGAAGAAACAAAGGAACAACCACCACCACCACCCCACCACGUGGCAGUUUGCUGCUCCCAAGUGCCUCAAGUGGUGGAAGGCAUUGCUUGCUUCAAAAACUGGGUGCCCCCAAGGGAAUUUUCUUCUUCCACUCAGCAGAAUCUGGAGCAGGAUCAAGUGAAUAGUAGUCGUAGUGGUGGCCUUGGAGAGGAUAAUAAUAAUGGUGCUUCUGGGAAUAUUGGUGUUGGUAGUAGUGUUGGUUGUGGGGAGUUACAGUCUCUAAGUCUGUCUAUGAGCCCUGGUUCUCAAUCAAGCUGUGUCACUGUUCCAACUCAGAUCUCAUCUUCUGGAACUGACUCCGUGACUGUGGAUGCCAAAAAGAGAGGGUCUUCUAAGCUUGGACAGAAGCAACCUGUGCAUAGGAAAUCCAUUGACACAUUUGGGCAAAGAACUUCUCAGUAUAGAGGUGUCACAAGGCAUAGAUGGACUGGUAGAUAUGAAGCGCAUUUGUGGGAUAACAGUUGCAAGAAGGAAGGGCAAACCAGGAAAGGACGACAAGUUUAUUUGGGUGGUUAUGACAUGGAAGAGAAAGCCGCAAGGGCUUAUGAUCUUGCGGCUCUCAAGUAUUGGGGACCUUCAACGCACAUAAACUUCUCGCUAGAAAAUUACCAAACUGAACUUGAAGAAAUGAAGAAUAUGAGUAGGCAGGAAUAUGUGGCCCACUUGAGAAGAAAGAGUAGUGGGUUUUCAAGGGGUGCCUCAAUGUACAGAGGAGUGACAAGGCACCACCAACAUGGCAGGUGGCAAGCAAGGAUAGGCAGAGUUGCAGGAAAUAAGGACCUUUAUCUUGGGACAUUCAGCACUCAAGAGGAAGCUGCUGAAGCAUAUGAUAUAGCUGCAAUCAAAUUUCGUGGGUUGAAUGCUGUCACCAACUUUGACAUAACAAGAUACGAUGUUGAGAGAAUCAUGGCCAGCAACACCCUUCUAGCGGGGGAGGUAGCUAGAAGAAACAAGAAUAGUGAGCCAAGAACUGAGGCCAUAGAGUACAAUGUUGUGUCAAGCCAACAAGUCAUAAGCAACAGGGAAGAAGUUCAUGAGGCUGUGAACAACAACAAUAAUAAUGAAAAUGGUUCAUCUUCAGAUUGGAAGAUGGGUUUGUAUCAUCAUCAGCAGCAGCAACAACAGUCAAACAACUGUGACCAGAAAACCAUGAAGUGUGGAAAUUAUAAUAGAGGUGGUGGUGGUGCUGCUGCUGCUUUCUCUGUGUCCCUACAAGAUCUCAUUGGGAUUGAGUCAGUAGUAGGAUCUAGCCAGGGCAUGAUGAAUGAGUCCACUAAGAUAGGGACUCAUUUUUCAAACCCUUCCUCGCUGGUCACCAGUUUAAGCAGCUCAAGGGAAGGUAGCCCUGAUAAAACGGGCCCCACUUUGCUCUUUCCAAAGCCUCCAAUGGGGUCAAAGAUUGUUACUAGCCCUACUAUUGCUAAUGGUGUCACUGUUGGCUCUUGGUUUCCCUCUCAAAUGAGGCCAGUCUCAAUGUCUCACUUGCCAUUUUUUGCUGCUUGGAGUGAUACCUAGAAGCGGAUGAACGUCGCUGCGCGUGUUUGGAAACUCGUUGAGAAGGAAGAAAUCACGUCUGGAAUGUAGAAGCUAUAUGACUAACUACUAGCUAGCUUCUCAGGUGUAAAAGUUGUAACUAUUAGCUUCUUCGAAAAUGUGUGAAAGAUCAUAUCUGAAACGUGAAACCAAACAUGCAACGAAUGUCGUAUGUCAUCUGUGGUGUGUUAAAUUUUGCAUGUGAAAGAGAGGGGCAAAAAAGAAAAAGCAUUGGAGGGGGAGAAAAAAAUUAAAAGGAUGGGGUUUGAAGAUUCAGGAUAUGUUGUUUUGCAAAAAGACAUUAAUGCAGGAAUUUUGGGGAUUAAUUAGGGGCAUGUGGGGCCAUUUAUCUGUCAUCUUUCUGUAUCCUAGUGGAACAAGACCUUUUGCAACCGUAGCCUUUUGGAUCUAUAUUGCGAAUUUGAGAAGGAAAUUGCGCAAAUGGGAGGGAAAGUGGUUAAUUUUAACAAGAAGACUAAUGAUUAAUUCAGUGAAAUGAUGCUUUGACGAUAUGAAAGUGGCCCUUAAAUUAUUGAGUUUGCUUUUUUGGGAGUUGCUCCUUUUUCUUAGGUCCAGCUAAGUACAAAACCAACUCCAUGUUUUGUCAAAUAAUGCAAAAGAGCCAUCCCCUUUGAUC